ACCAAUCAAUAAUGAAGUCCUCAGUUGGAUUCAUUCUCUUCCUGUCUUUCCAUCUAUUCCUAUCUCUACCAUAUCCCUCUCUUUCUGCCCAUGCCAAGUGCAACGUACAUGACAAGCAGGUCCUACUAGAGAUCAAAGCAGCAUUUAACAAUCCCUACCACUUGGCCUCCUGGAAUCCAGAUGUAGACUGCUGCGGAUGGUACGCUUUGGAUUGCGAUCGCAACACUGGGCGCGUGAUUGCUCUUACCAUCUUCGCAGGCAACAUCUCUGGCGAAAUCCCGCCUGCAGUUGGAGACCUUCCAUAUCUCCAGAACUUAAUGUUUCAUAAACUUACAAAUCUCACAGGCCAAAUCCCAUCAGCCGUUACCAAGCUUGUUCACCUUAAAGAGCUGACAAUUAGCUGGACUAAUCUUUCGGGACCGGUGCCUUCAUUCCUUAGCCAGCUCAAGAACCUCACCUCCUUGGACUUGUCAUUCAACGACCUCACUGGUUCCAUCCCUCCUUCGCUUUCUGAGCUCCCUAACCUCCUAGACCUCCACCUGGAUCGCAACAAACUCACCGGAAGUAUCCCAGAUUCCUUUGGAAGGUUCGCUGGAAAUACUCCUGAUCUGUUUCUGUCUCACAACAUGCUAAGUGGCCCUGUUCCAAAGUCCUUAGGCAACGUGAAUUUCUCUAUUCAGAUUGACUUUUCACGCAACAAGCUUGAAGGUGACGCAUCAUUCUUGUUUGGCAAGAACAAGACAAUACAAUUUGUUGAUUUGUCGAGGAAUUUGUUUGAGUUUGAUCUUUCCAAGGUGGAAUUUCCAGACAGCUUGACGAAUUUGGACUUGAACCAUAACAAGAUCUUCGGCAGUCUACCAGUUGGAUUGACUGAAUUGAACUUGCAGUUCUUCAAUGUGAGUUACAACAGGCUUUGUGGACAGAUUCCGCAAGGUGGGAAGCUGCAAAGCUUCGACAGCUAUAAUUAUUUCCACAACAGAUGUCUGUGUGGUGCUCCUCUUCCUGCCUGCAAGUGAUUUCUGAGAAAUCCAUGGCAGGGACAUCAAAUGACAUCAGUCAUCUAGCCUUUCAUUAUGUUGCAUCCGAGAAUAAGAUGUAUUUGGAUUGCGGUUUAUAUGUUAGAAUUUGUAUGUUUAAUAUGUAUGCAAAUAUAAGCUGAGGAUUGAAGUUAACUUGAAGAAGCGGAGGUGAGAUAAUGUUAGUAAACAACUACCCCUGCGUCCUUGCAGUUGCCUCACUA